GCGACCGAAAUACACUAAACUGAUAAGAUGUUGAUGCGAUGUACAAUUGACACUUUUGACAAGACUACAUAGUUGAUUUUUUCGUCAUGUUUGAUGAGCCUCUUUGUUUCGUAACGAGAUGCUACUGGCUGGAAUACCGAAACAAGAGACUGGGCGCUACGUCACAAAAAAAUAAACACGCGAAUGAUCGAGAACAGUCAGCUUUGAACAAAGGAUUCGUGGAACGCGAGGCGUAGUUUCUUGGGCACAGAAAUUACUAUUAAAAUUGAUACACCGUGCGACGGCAGCAGCCGCUGUCGGACGAAUGAUUCUUGGAUUGGUCUGGCGGAGCAGGCCCGGUGCGCGGUGGGGCGUUGGCCACCCGACAUCCUAUUCUAGCUGCACAUUUCGCUCGUACAGCGAACGGCGACGGUCCCCCCCGCCAGAACCCGACAAGUGAAGAAUCCACGCCAUUAUUGAACUGAACAGGGACGCUUAACAUACAAAGAAAAAUGUACUUGCAUCUAACGUUACCUAAAGCAAAGUGACCGUGAUUAGAAUUUUAUUCAAUUCGUGUGUGAGACUUCAAAAUGGCUUCCGAAUACGAUCGGAAGUUCGAGGAGAUGAAGAACUAUGUUCCGUUUUUGGAGAGUAUGAUAAAAAGACUGGAGAACACGUCGGGGUCUACAAAUCCUCGACAAGCUCAACUCGAUAAGAUCAGGUCUCUAAGAGACUUGUUGCUUGAUAAGAAGAAAAGGAUGAAAAUGGAGAAUUUAUUAAAAUGUGAACAAGUAUUAGUAAACUUAUAUGCCAAAGUUGAACAGAGAGAUACUUUGCCUGGUAUAGAUCUCAAGGUGCCCAGUAGUCAAGUGGUCACAAUCAAAGAAGAGCCUGAUUUGGACGUAGUUCGUAAUAAGCUAAAGAUAGUUACAAAAAUGCAAGCUAAUUUGCCUGAUACAUUACCAGAAAUUGCUAGAGCAAAUGACGCGCAAGAAACUAGUACGGCUGGUGCUAAAGAGCCGGCUUUGUUUCAGAGAAGACCAAAUAUAACAGGUUCUACGCAGAUACCAUCAUCAGAAAUUUCUCAGCCUAAAAGAAACUAUACACGCGUUUUAGUUUCUCCUGAACCAAGCUCUCAGCGCUGGUCAAAACAAAGUGAUAUGUCGCCAGAAAAACCACUUUUCAGUCGUAGAUCUCCAAGGAGGCAAUCGCCGACACAUCAUAGAAAAGAUAGGAAACAAUCUAAACAGAGAAAUUCUUCUAAAUCUAAUCUAAAUAUAACACUUAAAGUUCCUGAAGAAAGUUUAGAUUCAUUAAACACGUCGGAUAUAUUUUCCAGGAUUAUCAAUUGUAGUGAUAAUGAUGUAGAUAUAGCUACAUUAAGAGAACUCAGAUCACAGAUUUUGGGAGAACUAAAACAUACAGGUGCCAAAGAAGACAUAUCGGAUUUGAUCUUAAAUUCCUCUAGGAAAAAGAAAAAGAAAAAAUCACAAAAAAAGAAAGAAGAAGUGGAAGAAGGAGAAUUGUCUGACAGUGAAAGUGAAGCCAUUGAGAAUAUCUACGGCAGCCUAGUCAUUUUAGACAAAGAUCAUAAUGCAUCAGAAAAGACAAAAGCUUCGAAUAAACAAGAACAAAAACCACGUAAAAUACAAAUCCGUCUAGUAAUUAAUUCUGAGAAUGAUACUGCUGGUACUGAUACUCCAAAUAUUUCAGAUAAGAAAAGUUUGGUUUCUGAUCUUAGUGAUGUAUCGGAACUGGAAAUAUUUGAUUGUAAUAACGAGUUGGAAACUAAAAGUAUAACAGCUAAAAAGGAAGAUGAUGCAGAACGAAUUCAAUUAAAAGACUUAGCAAUUAAUCUUGAUGAAGAGAUUGCUCCAAAAGCUUCAGAAUUGCUAGAUGAUCAAACCUUACAAAUAUCUGAAAAGGUAGAAAAAGCAGUACUGGCCAAUAGCAGUGAAAGUAACGAGAAAAAAGAAACUAUUAUGUUAGAAGUAGAUAAUAAAACCGAAGUAAAGAAAAAUAAAGAUAAUAUGCAAUUCAAACCCAAUUUCUAUAAACCUUUGAAUGAACAUGAACCUGAUUCUAAAGAAGUUAAAUGUUCUUCCGUUAAAAUCUGUAAAGACGAUAAAAAAAGUUUAAGUAAUGAAAAAAAAUCAGGGGAAUCUUUACAUGAAAAGAAAACAUUACUUGAGAAUACAACCAAAGAUAUUAUAGAUUUGCCCAAACAAGCGUGUGAUGAUGUACAAAUACCUCUGUUGAACGAACCAGCUGUUGUUCCAAACAAAUCCCAGGAAAGUGCAGUGUCAGAAAUUGAUAUAUUGCAAGCUCUUAAAAACGAAAUUUUAAGUGACAGUAUUGCGAUUCCUGUCUCUGAUCAGGUUACUCCCGCAUUGCAUCAACCCAAACUUACUAAAGUUGCAAAUACGCAGGAAAUAGGCCCAAAAAAAAGAAUAUCUAUUGAAAAUUACAAACAAAAGUCAUCCGCAAAAUCAGUGACGAAGCCGCUGUUUACUACACAAUCAUCUUCUAAAGACGAUCAGAGCAAAAAACAAAGUUUAAAAUUAACCGAAAAAGAAUGCGAGAGAUUUAAGUUUGCUUUAAGUAAUGAUCUAAGCUCUGAUGAUGACGAUAUAUUUGAUGAUCUCAAUAAGUCUGAUGAGGAUGAAGGCGUUGAUCUUGCUCCUAAAUCUCCGGAUGACAAAGAGUCUAGCAAAAUAGAAAUGAACACACCUGUAAUAAUACCGAUUGAACCCAUUAAAAAUGCGAUAGAAAGCUCAAAAGCAGACGUUGAUAUGAGAACAUUGUUGCCUUUAGUUUCUCCUGUAGCAUCCACCAUUCCACCAGUUAAAGAUGCUCUUACUCCGGAAACGCUUUUCAGUGCAAAACAAAAUAUUACUAAAAUGGAUAUAAAUAGACCAUCUGAUCCUCGAUUGAAAAAAGAUUCUGCCCCCACGAAUGUCCGUAACGAGUCAUUCAGUCAGUCAGUUAUAUCUGGAUCAUCUUUGCUUGGUUAUCCUAAUAUCACUUCUACUUUGCCUAUAGUACCUGGUUUAAUUCCAACCCUUACGCCCAGUCCAAAUAUGACUCCUAAUUUGGCGCAGGUAAUGACCCCCACAUCAAUGCCGAACAUGACUCCUAUUCGAGCACCUAGUAUGACGCCAAUUGUGACACCAAAUUCUAGAUCAUUUGAAAUUGACGAUCAACCAGGAAGAAAGCAUGUAUAUGCUUCAUUAUACGAUACAGUUGAUUACGCUGAAGAUACACAGAGGUUACCCUGGGAAAAAUUUGAAAAAGUUAAUUCACGGGAUUCCCGAUGGGAACCAGCUACUGAAAGAGAGUGUAAAGAUAAUAAAGAAGGCCAACAAUAUAAUAGAUACAGUGAUUCACGGGAUCUUUAUCCUUAUAAUAAAAUCGAUCGAGAUGAUUACACAGGAAACAAAUUGGAUUCUCAGAUUCCUACAUUUGGAAGAUCCGACGCUUCAUUGACGCCGAGUCAUCCGUUUGGUAGAUCUGAUUGUCCACCUACACCCAGUCACUCUUUUGGCCGAUCUGACUGCCCACCUACGCCAAGUCAUCCUUUUGGAAGAUCCGACUGUCCACCUACGCCUAGUCACCACUUUCGAUCCGAAUGUCCUCCGACUCCCAGCCAUCCAUUCGGGAGGAAGGAUUGUCCACCCAUGCCUAAUCAUCACUUUGGAAUAUCAGACUCCGGUCAUUCCUAUAGUAGGUCGGAAUGUCCAAGGACUCCCAGUCAUCCUUUUGGUAGAUCUGACUGUCCUACUACCCCUAGUCAUUCCUUUGGUCGAUCGGAAUGUCCAACAACACCAACUCAUUCUUUUGGGCGGUCAGAAAUGCCCAUGACACCUAUCCACCCGUUCGGACGAGUAGAUCCGAGACUUCAAAAAAGUAAUGAAUACGAUAGCCAUACUCUUAACGAUGAUAGGACUCAUAGAUACUUCAAGGAUCAGUCUUCAUUCCAGCCAUCAUAUAAUGUUAAUAAACAUGAUGUCAAUAGAAAACCAUAUAGUUUGGAUAAUUAUAGAAAUAUUAAAGAGCAAAGCCUUGGUAGAAAUGAUAGAUCUAAUAAUUACUAUAAGGACCAAAGCAGUCGUCCUUAUAACGAAGAAAGAGGAGCAAGGCAUGAUGGAAGUUAUAAUCGCUCAAGAAAUGACCAAGAUCAAUAUAAUACCAGAAAUCGCAAACUGGGUGAAUAUUAUCACAAUGAUAGACAAGGCCGAUUAAGUGAAGUUGAUUCACGAUCGCCUUAUCAACGUGAAAGAAGUGUCGGACGAACAAAUUCUUUUGAAGAUAGACAAGGUCGAUCACAUUCCGUUGCUCGGAAUGUUGACAGAACUCAAAGAGACAAUGCUGCCAGAACAACAAAUACGCUGUCGGUAAAACCACAAGCUGGUCGUUCUUUUACCAUUGAUACAAGUAUAGACUCUACUUUCCAAAAUUUCAUGAAAAAUAUUAAAGAAAAAAGUAUAUUCAAUCAAUUAUUUGAUAGAAAAACUCGAGCAUCGAGCGUAGGUAGAACAUUCGUGCGCGAAAUUAGUGUAGGGCGGAUAUCGUUACAUCCAUCCGAUUCUUUAGAUAAUGCAGAAAAAAAUACUGAUAGGUUUAGAAGAGCUCGAAGCGUAGUAAGAGACACAAGAGAAUCUAAAAGUUUUAGUGAAAUCAAAGCUGAUUUUGAAUCUUAUAGAUCCAAAGAAAAUAUUGAGAUUAAAAAGAAAGAUUUGCUGUCUAGAAAGACAUCAGAUAGAAGUAGUCCUCGCGUAUCAAAAUCUAAUAAUAAAGACUUUAGGCCAAGAAAUACUCAUGAAACCAAAUCACAAUAUUCGCCCAGAAAAAAUAACAGAGAUCCCAGAUUAAAUCGUGUUUUUAACCGAGAUCCGAGAAUAAAACAAAAAGAAGACAGAUAUAAGAAUGACGCUCGUGAUCAGAAAAAAUAUGGGAUAAUAUAUUCAAAUGAUAAUAUUGCUAGUGGCACCAUUUUAGGAUCUGGGUAUGGAGUAAAGAACUAUAAGAUUCCAAAAAUAAAACGAGCUGAAGAAAUAAAACACGUAACACAAACAACAGAAAAAUCUGACACAGUACGAAGUAAACAAGAGAAAACAUUUGUUAAAGGAGAAAAGACUGAUGAGAUAAAGAAGAAAGAUAAGGAAGUGAAAUGUGGAAAAAUAAGCAUGCGGGAGGAAAAAGUAAAACCUAGUGAUGUAGCACCUGAUAAAAAAGGAAGAAACUCUAGUAAAAGAGCUGAAAAUAAUGAAGAGGCGAAUAUUUCCAGUGAUGAUAUUAAAGCUAAACCGCGUAGAUCAAGGAGGCGGAUAAAAGAUUCCGAUUCUGAAUCGGAAGAAUCAGUUAAGAACAAUGACAGACAGAACACAAGUGUAAUAGAAGAACCACAAUCAAAAUCGAUUGAAAAAGAUGUGUUAAGUAAUAAAGAUCAGCCUUGUAAAUUUUUAUCAGAAAAUAAAGUUGUGAGCAAUAAAGACCAGGCUCAUAAAUCACUUACAGAAAAAGAAGAGUCGAUUCAUAAAGAUGGGGUUCCAUCAACAGAAAAAGUGGCGAGUCAAAAGGACCAGGGGGAUAAUUCAUUCGACAGUAGUUUUGGAAUUGAUGAUAUGGAAUUAUUUUCCGAUAAUAUUGUAUCUGAUCCAGUUAUUGACAACAUUAAUUCUUUGAUAGCAGGUUUGGACAAAGAUUUAAAGUCAUCCAAACAUAUGAGUCAAAGUACUGGUAAAUUUUCUAAUGAAAUAACUCUUGUAAAUAUGUUAGAAAAUAUAACUCCUCAAACGGCAACUGAAGUUUCUAAAGAAACAGAUGAUUCUGCUUCGCACGAAAUAAACAAGUUCAUUGGAAAAGAUGAUAAUAGCAAAAUUAGCAGUGAUGCUACUGUUACUAAUGAAACUACUGAAGAACAGGUCGCUAUAGGUCUGGAAAUAUCAAGAGAAGUCAACUUAACGAAACAGCUUAAUGAAAAUGAAGAAAUACUCACAAAUAUUACAAUAGAUUCAAAAGUUUUAAUUGAUGAAAAAUCUGGUUUUAUUGACAAAGACAUCAACGAAACCGAACCAAAGGACACUCAAGUACCUAUUCAUGAAAAAACAGGUAAUGUUAAAAAUAAAUUAAUUGAUGAUCAAGAUGUGGCCAUAAAUACUUCUAAAACGAACGAGAAUAACCAGAUUUUUAGAGAAAAAACUGGCACUGUAGUCUCCACUACUGAAAAAGGAUUAAGCGCCAACGAGUUACAUAAUAGUGACCAGCGAAAUGCUAGGUCUACAACUCCUGAUAGUACAAAUACAGAUGAUAUUCAAAAAGAAACUGUUCGUGUCGGUAGUUUGCCUGACAGUACUGAUGAAGUUCAUACCGAAGUUUCAUCAAGCGAUACUUCAGCCUCUUUGUCAUCAAAUUAUCCCGAAUCUAGUUCACAUAAAGAAGGAUCAACCAUAUCAGAUCCACUUGGUAAUAUAUUGUCGAUAUUGCAGAGUAAAUCAAAACUAAAAGAGUUACUUAGUAUGUUAGGCGAUCAAGAAAAUGAGAAAAUCAAAAAGAAACUAGAAAAAAUAAGUGAAAUAGUAUCUGACGAGGAAGAUAUUAGAAACGAUUUGGCACAAGACUCUACAAUGGGCAUAGACCAAGAAUCCUGCGAUGGAAGAGAAAUGGAAUGCACAAAAAAUGAUGACACGGAAUCCAGGGAAUGUACACAAAACUUGACUAAAGACUCUCCUAUAGAAAGUGAAGAUAACAGAGCAGGCAAUGAUAUAAAUGAAACGGGAAGCAUUAAUAAUGUUGAAAUUGAAGAAUCAAAAUCAGGCAGUGUUAGAGUAACGAAAAAAAAUAAAACUGUGAAAAAAUGUCCGACCAAAAAAGGUAAAAUUACCAAAAAACGACAUUCCAACUCUUUAGACAAGGUGUCUGGUGAUGAAAAACGCGUGACUAGAUCUGAUGUACAAAAAUCUGUCCAAACUAGAAAGAAAGUGUCGCGGGAACUACUUAAGUUGCAAGAAGAUAUAAAGGAGAUGUUUAUUAGUGAUGAUGUCCUCAAUGUUACAGGAAUUCGAAUGUGCCGUCUAGCUAAACUUGUAGAUGAAAACCGACAAAAAGAUACUUUUAGUAAAAACGAUACGGAACCGGUUGUUGUUAUCGAGAAGAUAAACAAAAAUGAAACAAUUGAAGAAGCUACAGAAACCAAAGCAGGCAAAAAAGUAACAGGAAUAAUAGCUAGAAAAAAACCAGGGCCGAAAUCAAAAGUACGCAUUGAUAAUUCCGGUAAUGCUGAUGAAAAAUCAGAGAAACAGAAAACUAUUCCAAAAUAUAAACCAGGACCUAAAUCGAAGACAAAAUCUGUUAAGACAACGGGUGAUAUAGAUCCCUAUGAUUUUGAGACAGAUUCCAUAAAUGAAUCAACUACUAGUAAGAUGAGCGAAGGUAGUGGUCAAGAAAGUUCAGACUCUGAAAGUGAAUCGUUGACUUCUCUAACUAGUUUCGGAAGUUCCGAAGCAUUGUCUGAAUUGAAACCCCUAUCAGAAUUGAAAAAGAAGCCCAAACGUAAAAGAAGUUCAUGGAAAUCUGGUGUUAUAAAGCCAAAGAAUAAAAAGAGAAAAACCGAUCAAAAAGUAGAAACAGUCACAAAAAUCCAACCAAUUAAUGAAACUACGCAAAUCACUAUACCUGACUUCAAUUGUUUUAUAGAUAGAAAUUAUUGUUACAUGAAGAAUGUUUUUUCGUAUUCUUGUCGUUUGUGUGAGUAUACUGGUGAAGAAAUUGUAGCCCAUUAUAAAAAAGAACAUCCUCAUACUGAAAUUCCUUUAUCACGACUGAGCCCAGACGUAGCAGAAGAAGCUAUUGAACAGUGUGAAGAAAUCAAUUUCCAGGCUAUAAGUAAAAUACCUACUGAUAAAUAUGUCUGCAGGUUCUGCUACAAGGAAUUUGGGAAAAGAAAAGCAGCAUUAGAAUCUUUCUUUUGGCAUGUAGUUAGCAUGCAUACCGGAGAAUACAAACAAAUUUGUUCAGAAUGUGUAAAUAUUACUAGGUGCCCAUUCAAUUUGGACAUCCCACCACCCCCCAAAGACAUUAAGGGACAACUCAUUGGAUAUAUCUGUGGUAAAUGUAAUUUUACUCAAAUUUCUCUUGAGAAUCUUAAAACGCAUGUCAUUGUGCGUCACAAUGACGAGCAAACUGAAGUUUACACGAUAAAUUUAGCAAUCAUGUCUAGAAAAAUUAUAAAUUUACUAUCCAAACGUACAAGUGUGCCGGGAACUGAUAAGCCUCGCGUGCUAAGAAGUUCGCGAUCCAAUCAAAGUAUGGCUGAAAUGAGCGAUGAUCGCAGUGAUGCUACAGAGUCUCUCAGUUUCGUCACUGAACCUGAAGCAAUAAAGAAUGAAAACGAUUUUAUCGAGAAAAAAGAAAAAAGGAAGUUGUCUUCUGAGAAUAAAUCAAAAUUACAAUCAAAAAUUACAUUUGAGAGUGAUGAUACUGCUAGUGAAAGUAGUAAUAAAGCGACUUCAGCGUUUGCUUCUCAGAUGCCUGUAAAAGUUGAAAGAGAUGACGUGGAGGAACAAAAUCGGGCAGAGGCUACUUACUGUGGGUCUAUCGAAGUAAACUCUGCCAUCUUAAAUCAAUCCGGCGAAGUGGCCGUUCCUGAAGGCAUCACUCGAUCGCAUUUUGAAGUUAAAUACGCAGACGGUGGAACAAGGCUGGUACUAACAUGCUUCAUAAACGGGCUGGACUGUCGUUAUACGUGCAGCUCUAUAAAAGCUCUUAGAACACAUGUAACUAUUAAGCAUAAAGAUCAGAAAUGGGAUGGAUAUUGCUUUGACUGCAAAGAUUUUAUAACCACUCGAGGUAAAUAUAUAUUCAAAGAUUUUAUAACACAUUUCCAUGAAAAUCAUUUGGAUAACAGUCGACAAUUUGAGAAUAUAGUUUCAGAUAUACGCUUCAAUAUGACUUGCUCUGAAACUGAAAUAAAACAGUAUAUAUGCUAUAUUGAAGGGCAUGAUUAUUAUCAGAGCCCUACCCUGGACAAUUUGAAGUUACAAAUAAGUGCUCAUAAAGGGAAAUGGGAUGGAUAUUGUGUUGACUGCAAAGAAUUCGUGAAACCACAAGGCGAAUACUUAAUUCAAGACUGUUUAUCACACUUUAUGGUUGAACAUAAUAUAAAUGAUUCGCCAGAAUCUACUCCAGGAAUUGAGGGUGAAACUCUCCCAUGUAAUCAGGCAGAAGACAAUCCUGCUGCCAGUGAUAUUUUUCCUUAUUCACAUUUCAAAGUUACCUACACAGAUACAGGAAACAAAGAGUUUGUUUGUUGUAUUAAUAAAAUGAAGGGUGUUCAUUAUAAGACACCUUUGUUGAUUUCAUUAAAAAGGCACGUACAAACAAGGCAUUCGGAAAAUUGGGAUGGAUAUUGCUUUAUGUGUAAAGUUAUUGUGGUGCCCCAAGGUUUACACUUGUUUAAAGAUUGUCUACAACAUUACUUGGAUAAACAUAUGGAUGACUUCCCAGAACUAGAGAAGGAGCCUGAACCGGAAAAUUCAGUGGAAGAAUCUGAGAAACCAGAUGAAACUCCAGCCCCUCCGACAGCCAGACCUUACAUUAACGUUCGGCCGUUAUCUCAGUUAACAAAUAUCGACGCAGAUGAAGGAGGUCUAAUAUUACCGAAGAUAGAGAGUGUAGUUAGUCUAGGUGCUACACCUGCGCCUGCCGCGGAAUUUUCUGGUCCUCCAGAGGAAGAAGCGAAUCAAGCAGAUCCUCCCGUACCCGAGCCAGAGUUACAAAUUGAUGAGUUCCACAAUUACGAGGCGUCGCAAAUCAAAGUGAUGAAACAAAAGCACCCAGUGGUGCAAGAGGCUAUGUUGAGGAAGGAGAAGUUAGUAAGGGUGUUCAAAUGCGCCGGCAGUUAUUGUUCUUUCGCCACAGAUUCUGCUGACAUGGCGCUUUCGCACGCUUUGACUCAUCAGAAGAUUGGUGGUGAGAACGCCUUGUGCUGUUCUUAUUGUGACUUCGACUGUUCUGGCAAUGCAAUAGAUCUGGUGGUUCAUGUUUUUAAGCAUGCGAGCUGUCCGUUUUCAUGCGGCCAUUGUUUCUAUCGAGCUGCGGCUGCGCAGUUGGUAGUGGCGCAUUCGAACACGGCUCACGUGGGGAAACAAGUGAAGGUGUACAUAGCUAACAAUGCCACGAUACCGGAAAAGGACACAGCAAAGAUGUUGUCUAGAGAAGUUGUUGUGCAGUACUAUGUUUGUAAUCAUGUGGAAUACGACCAAGGGCCUCGUUGCAAGUUCAAAACUUACACCGCCCGCAAGUUUUGCGAUCAUCUUCAGGCUCGCCACGCGGGGCUUAUACACUCAUGUUACAUAUGUUCCCAAACACUGCCCUCCGCGGCCGAUCUCAUCCAGCACAUGAAGUCUCACGAUUUGAACCUGUACCAGUGUACGUGGUGCGUCCACGGCGCCGACUCCGAGGCUGACCUGUUGGCGCACGCGGCCACCAGACACCCGGCACAGCAGCCGCAGGCUUAUCUUAGGAUCAUCACUAAUAAGGAUGGAUCAUCUGAGAUGCGAGUGCUUCCGCUGGCGUCGUUCAACCGCAGCAGCAUCGGCGUGGAGCACGUGACCUGCAGCUCCUUGCCAGAGAACCCCGUCAAGGAGGCCGAGCGCUCCAUAGAUCUUCAGAAGCUGAUCGGGCAGACCAAACUCAUGUUUGAAAGUAUAACCGCCUCUACCGAGAAACCAGACGAACCAGCGGCAGAACCGGUAGAAACUCAUGAAAUGACAGUGAAUUCACCAAUGCCGACACCAAACCAAACUCCGCCCAGAACAUCCACUCCACACAUAACUGAACAACCCACACCUGUACCCAAAGCUGAACCAGUUGAAGCUACACCCUCCAAAGUAUCAGAUGAAGUUGUAUGCCUCGAUAGUGAUGAAGAAAUAUCAUCAGACAGAAGCGAGUCUGCCAAUGUCAUUGAUAUCUCAAAGGACGGUGAUGAGGACAAAUCCAAAACUGACAACACAAUAAACGAUGAACAAGUCUUCAAAUGCCCCAAAUGCUUGGUGUGCUACAAGACUGACACCGGUCUAAAACUACACAUUCUGAAGUGCUACAACCCGGAGUGGGCUAUGGCCUGCCCUCAUUGCCACAAGAUGACGCAAAACAGGGAGGCGCUAGUACAACACUAUAUCGCAGACCAUUGUAUGAAAUACGUGUGCUCAUAUUGCAACCGCGAAAAUCAUUCUCUGAAAAGCGCCAAGUCCCACAUGAAAUGGGCCCACAAGGUCAAUAAAAUUACAGUCACACGUGGCCCUGGGAAGAACCAGCAUGUCGUCCAAAAAGAUACGGCUACCGCGGGCCCUGCUCGAUCGGCCCCCAAACGAAAACUGUCCAUGAGUAACGUCCAGGCGCCCCAAGCGAAGCAAAUGAAACGCUACGGCCCGCAGGAUAUAGAACAACUACCUAUCAAUCCGAUACUGGACGACUUGGUCUAUUGCACACUUUGCGAGUUCAACACUAAAGUCCGCUUAAACAUGGUGCGUCACUUGCAAUUGCACGCUGAACAGCAGCCCGUGCCACAAACGGCGCCUGUGAAUCCAGUGCCGCACUUGGAAACCAAUGAGAUGCAUUUCGAUAAGAUGGUGAACUUGGCGUCCAGUUCCUUAGCUAAAGAGAAGACGAAAGAGGUUGGACCCUUGAUAUCGCAGAUCCCUCCGGAAGCCGCGGCCAGGUAUCCUAAAUACGUGCCUGAGAGACAGCGGUACACGUGUGGGGCGAAGGAUUGUUCAUACACUUCUGUCGACGAAGCGAUGCUGAGAUGCCAUUGGGAGACCUUGCAUUCUGGAACGACAGACUACCGCUGCGUACAUUGCCCCCCGUAUCAGCAUUUGGACAAAUCGAAACCUUUGAUAGCGGGAAGGAUUAUAAUGCAUCUGAAAAUGCACGACACGUCAUUAUACGCGUGUUCUUCGUGCACUUAUUAUUAUUUUAGGAAGCAAGUUGUCGAGAAGCAUAUUAAUGAUGCGCAUAAAGGGAAUGGGCAGGUUAUGGUCGUGAGGGAGGAGGCAACUGGGCCCGUAGUGCUGGCCACUUCCGGGAGCGCCCCCACCAUGGAUCUGAAGCCUUGGCAAUGCGGCCUCUGUCAAUUCAAGAGCAUGUUGAGACCGGAAGUCGCCGAGCACUGCUCCAAAAAUCACCAAUCCAAAAUGCAGUUCAAAUGUGCCUAUUGCCCGUUCCGGACCUCGACUCUGGAGAAUGUGGUAAAACAUCAGACAAAUUCCCAUCCAGGGCGACCAGAGGAGAUAUUCUACUUUUAUUAUCGAGAAGGAUCUGUCCCUGAUGAGGAUGGCACUCCAAAAUGGAUGAAGCAACGUCAAAAGAUGGGCAUAACUGAAGAUCCGGUAGUCAAAACAGAGGCUUCUGAGGGGUUGGCUGCUAAAUCUGAUGCUCCGUUGACUGUGACAACAACUAUGCCUGUGGAUCUCAAUAUCGUGAAGAAAGAAGUUGAAGAGAGGUGUCCCGAUGGUGAACUGAGUAUGGAGGAUCUGUGUAGGAAGUUUGGAGAGUUUUGUGAGCCUAACGGACUGAGAUAUAAGUGCUCGCUGUGUAGUGUGGUGACGGAGGACACAAAAGAGGCUAUGCAGUCACAUUUGUACGAGGAACUGCAGUACAGGAAAUGGCGCUGUAGCAUAUGCUCAUACAAGGCGUUCCACAAGAACGGUCUCCACGACCACAUCGCCACAGAGCACCGCGGCAGGAUUCAGGAGCCGUUGCCAAUAAACCUGCCGGUGGACGAGAACAUUGAGAGAUGGGUGGCCGAGCUUCUCAGGCACCAAACAACAAUAAUCGAGAGGAACAAACACAACUUACUCGUACAAAAAGUACAAACGCCAGGCCCCUCAGGAUUGAACGCGCCGCAGAAAGUACCAGAGAAGCCGGUAGAAACUCCCAAAAUUAAUUUUAAUGGUCAGGAAUUGGAAGAGGCUUUUGGGACGUUCGGCGCGGGUAAUAGCAAGGAGUUUUGCUGUCCCAAAUGUGCUUUCAAGACUGAAAAGGAAGACCUGAUGAGGGAACAUUUGGAAAUGGAAUUGACUAAAAUACGGUGGUGUUGCAGCCAUUGUUCAGACAACUUCCAAACUUACCACGAGGCCCUCACACACUGCAGGGGGACACACGAGGGCCAAUGGGCGAGACCCAGAGAGGCGCUACGUGACCCCCAAGUACGGGGCGCGUGGGUCAGAACCGCUAUUGAAACGCAAAAGAAAAACAUCACUGUGAAAAAUGUUGAUUGUCUAACAAAUAGAUCCGAUGGAGUAGCGAUUAAGCAAGUUGAAACGCCGCAAGAUGAUGGGCCAAGAUUGAAAUUCAGCAUGAAGGUGCUAGAACAAGCGUUUGGGCAGUUUGGUGUGGCAAAUAAUAAACAGUUUUGCUGUCCGAAAUGCAUUUACAGGUCGAAAAAUGAGGACGCUGUGAAAGAACAUUUGGAGACUGAAUUGAAUAAAAUACGAUGGAGCUGUAGUCAUUGCCCGGAGAAGUUCCAAACCUACCACGAGGCUCAGUUCCACUGCAAGAUCCACGCUGGGAUGUCAGCGCGCCCCACUGAAGCCCCACGAGACCCAGAUAUGCGUUCCUCCUGGGUCGCGGCCGUCGUACAGGUCCAAAAACUAGGCAUGAAAGCGGCUGUUAAUGAAAACCUACACUUUUCUCCGAACAAGAAUUCCCCAAGUGACCCAGAGGAUUCCCUACUCGUCGUCCGCUACGAAGAAAAAGUACCCAUUCCUGAAACGUCUACCUCGAGACCAAUAUCCGUACCUCCGUCCCCCAGGAACUCUCCGGAACCCCACAGCGAUGACGAAAAGCUGAUUAUAGACGAAACAUUCGCACCGCAUAAAGUCGGCAAGAUGUCGGUUUGUCCGCACUGCCCGUACCAGUCCAAACACCUGAAGGUGGUCAAAGACCACGUGUACCGCCAUUACGGAUUGUACCCUAACGUCUGCGGGUACUGCGAGUACACGGGCUACCGAGCGAACGUCUCCGCUCACCUCGAAACUGUCCAUCCUCACGAGGUUAAAAAGAUCAAGGCCACACCCCUGCCGAAAGGCCGGCCGAUCGUCAAGGAUAUAAAGGUUCGCGUGAGACGGAAAAACACGGGCGAAUGGAGGUUCUGUUUACUCUGCCAAAGCACUUUCACCGCUGAAAAUGCGACGACUCACUCUCACGGCGAUACGCCUGUGGUCUUCGUCAAACACGGCGACAUCGUAGUGAACUGCAAAGUCUGUCAAACGUUCAGGAAAGAUGCAGAGUCGAUGGAAGAGCAUUACGCCUCCGCUCACCCGGAUAAGCCAAGGAAUUACUUCGUUUUCCAGAUAGUUUACCACCCGACUAAUGGCGAGACCACGACACCGACUUUCAAGAGGAUUCCGCGGUUGCCGUCUGAGACUAUAAAUAUCAACGACGACGACGCUCCUCCUCCUAAGAAGGUAGCCAGGAAGUCCACGACCAAAUUGCCGAUGCAGACUGUCGCCAAAAAGUCUACAACGAAACUACCUCUCCUAUACAUCUCUGAAGAUGAGGAGUACUCUUUCUACGGAACCAAACCGCCUCCCUUGGACUCGUUUGAAAAUGUUACAACACUAAUGCCCUUCUGUAAUACUAUGAUGCCGUUUACGGUUAAGAAAUUGAGUGAAAUAUUAAAAAUCAAUCCUGUUGUGCUCGUGAAAGACAUUAAACAGUGAAUGUUGAUCAAGAACUGUGAAUUAUUUGUGUAAUUUAAUAGGUAUUUAAUUAGUCCAAGUUUAGCUGUCUGCUAGUUAUUAUAUAGGUUUUUCGAUAAAAAUAUUGUUUUAGUUUAAAAGUGAGAUAGAAAUUUUGUUACUGAAAUCGGUUUAUUUACGUGAUUUUGAGAAUAAUUUGAACGUAGGAAAUAUUAUUUUUGUCAAUUUCAAGAUCAAGACAUUUUUUUUUACUUUAAUCCUGUUUCGUUGAACCUAGAGUUUUAUUUUCUAAAGCCUAUAGGUGUCUGUGACAAGAAAUAUGAUAAUUAAACUUGGACGUGAUAAUCUGUGAUUUCAAAACAUUCUUAUAUAAGUUUCUAGUUUUGAUAUUAGGUUAUGUUAGUGAUAUCAAUUCACCUCGAGGCAUUUGUAUUUUUCUAGUUAGUAUAUAUGUUGCUGCGUUUUGUCAUUAUUCUAUGAAUCAAUCGAGAUAGUUGAUAGUGCAAGACCAUAUAAACCAAUAUUCAGUUCCUCUAGAUCUAUGAAGGUAAUUUAAACCCUAAUUCAAUAUUUGUGUAAAUGUGAUUUAUCUUGUAAUACCUCUUCAUCAUACAAUGUUUAUAAAAAAUAAUGCGCGCUAUCCACAUGUCACCAUUUUUAGUUGUUACAUUUGUUGUAAACUAAAAUAAAUGUACCUAUUUUUUUUUGUAAAGUAUUACGUUUGCUCUUCGACCAAUUGGGUAAUUUUAAAUUUGACGUUCCAAGUUUUGGCUGUUUCGGAGCCAAUCAGGCGUCAGGAAGUGAGUGAAUAGUGUGUUGUGAUUGGCUGAAGUGUGGAACGUCAAAUUUUAUGUGCUUCGUUUUAAUAUUGGAAUAAGACUCCGAAAUUUUCAAAGAUUCUUAUUAAUAUUGAAAGUUGAAUAAAUAUCUGAUUUCAGCUCAGUUGAAGAAUUUGUUUUUUUUGUGACCUAAUUUUGCCAGAAAAGCAUUCGGAUAACAAAGAAAUUAAAAAGAAUUAUCACAACAAUGUUCCUACUGCAAAUUCAAGUAAAAUAAGAACACCUAGUAAAAUAAUUAAGGCUUAAUGAGGGAAUUGAGUGAUUUCGUUACUUGAGUUGAUAGCUCAUCGUCAAAAAGAAGCCAAAUGACCCUUGAUUGGCUUUUACAAUCUGCACGAGAAGAGAAGUAACCUGGCAGACGCUAUGAUGACGCGGCACUGUCAGAUGAUACUACCUACUAUGGAAGCUGUUUUUUUUUAUUUAUUCCAUUAUGCAAGCUAUCUGUAGAGUAUACUUAUUCAAGGAUCCGCUAAACGUAAUUCAGUGUUUUGCGUCGGUUUAUAAAAUGCAAUGAAAUUAAUUUAGAAAUUGGAAUUCGUUUGAAACUUCAUACAUUGUUUGCAGCCAGCAUGCGAGCUCUGUUUGCUAACCACUCUGAAACUCGCAAAUUUGUUUGGCACGUGAAAUACACUGUUCCUGAAGUUUGGCACUAUGGGAUCAAUCUCGGAAAUGAAUUUCAAAUAUGUAGAUAUUUAUUGGGAUUUGUGGAUUUGAUCAGUUCAAGUAAUUUGAGAUUCGGUUU